AUGGGGCGCGCGUUCGUGUACGUGAUCCUGGGCGGCGGCGUGGCCGCGGGCUACGCCGCGCUCGAGUUCGCCCGCCGCGGAGGGUACUCCCGCGGAGAGCUCUGCAUCAUCUCCGAAGAGACCGUUGCUCCUUAUGAACGGCCUGCACUAAGCAAAGGCUAUUUACUCCCAGAAGGUGCUGCUCGUCUUCCAGGAUUUCAUACUUGCGUUGGUGCUAAUGAUGAAUUACUGACAACAAAAUGGUACAAAGAACAAGGCAUUGAACUUGUUCUUGGAACAAAAGUGAUUUCUGCUGAUGUGAGGCGCAAGACAUUGCUUACAGGCACUGGUGAAACUAUCAGCUACAAAACUCUAAUUAUUGCGACAGGUGCUCAGGCUUUGAAGCUACAAGAAUUUGGAAUACAAGGUUCAGAUGCUUCAAACAUAUGUUAUUUGCGCAACAUCGAUGAUGCGGAUAAGUUGGUGAGUGCGAUGAAAUCAUGUCCUGGCGGAAAUGCUGUUGUCAUUGGUGGUGGCUACAUUGGAAUGGAGUGUGCAGCGGCAUUGGUUACUAACAAGAUAAGGGUCACCAUGGUCUUCCCUGAGAAACACUGCAUGGGUCGUCUAUUUACACCAAAAAUUGCAGAAUUUUAUGAAAACUACUACACCUCAAAAGGGGUCACCUUUGUUAAAGGAACUGUGCUUACAUCCUUUGAAAAAGAUACAACGGGGAAGGUGACUGCAGUAAUCCUCAAAGAUGGUAGACACCUUCCUGCUGAUAUGGUAGUAGUUGGUAUUGGCAUCCGUGCAAACACUAGUCUUUUUGAAGGUCAGCUGAUGAUGUCAAUGGAGAAUGGUGGGAUAAAGGUAAAUGGACAGUUGCAGACAAAUGAUAACUCUGUAUAUGCUGUUGGCGAUGUGGCUGCUUUCCCGAUCAAGCUUUUUGAUGGUGAUAUCCGACGGCUUGAACAUGUGGAUUCAGCUCGUAGAACUGCUAGACAUGCUGUUGCCUCCAUCUUGGAGCCUUCGAAAACCAGGGACAUUGAUUACCUGCCAUUCUUCUACUCCAGAGUGUUCACAUUGUCGUGGCAAUUCUACGGGGAUAAUGUUGGGGAAGUGGUCCACUUCGGAGACUUCACAAGCAGCAGCCCAAGGUUUGGUGCAUAUUGGGUCAACAAAGGCAGAAUUGCAGGUGCAUUUCUUGAAGGCGGAAGUCGGGAGGAGUACGAGGCCAUAUCGAUUGCUGUCCGGCGGAAAGCUAUGGUCACAAACAUGGGUGAACUUGAGAAACAAGGCCUGGCACUUGCCAUCCAGGAGAGCCAGAAGGAGGUGCCUGACAGUGGGCUUGCCGUUGUUGGAAAACCUACUUACACGUGGCAUGCCACAGCCGGUGUCGUAGCAGCAGUGUCAAUCGCUGCAAUUGGUUAUUGCCCAAUCCGCUGGUCCUUUCUUAGAAUGGCAUCGAACUGUGUCAGCAAAGAAGCGAAGAAGAGAAGGAUCAAGAUUGUCUUCACCAAGAAGAAUACCAAUAUUUCCCUUGUCGGCGAGGGAAAGAACGGCACCGAUCUGGUUGCUCCUUAUGAACGUCCUGCGCUAAGCAAAGGCUAUUUGUUCCCAGAAGGUGGUGCUCGCCUCCCAGCAUUUCAUACUUGUGCUGGUGCCAACGACCAGUUACUUACAGAAGAUUGGUACAAAGAACACGGUAUUGAGCUUAUUCUUGGAACGAAGGUAAUUUCUGUUGAUGUGCGCCGGAAAACAUUGGAUACUUCAACCGGGGAAACUAUCAGCUAUGCAACUCUUAUUGUUGCAACGGGUGCUCGGGCCUUGAAGCUGGAAGAAAUUGGAGUGAACGGCUCAGAUGCUGAGAACGUCUGUUAUCUGCGCAAUAUUGAGGAUGCAGAUAAAUUAGUCCGUGUAAUGAGAUCAUGUCCUGGUGGCGAUGCCGUUGUCAUUGGUGUUGGAUACAUAGGAAUGGAAUGUGCAGCCGCUUUGGUUGCCAACAACAUAAAAGUUACUAUCGUCUUCCCUGGAAAAUAUUGCAUGGAAAAUCUGUUUACACAAAAAAUCGCUGAAUUUUACGAGAACUACUACGCUUCAGAAGGAGUCACUUUUAUCAAAGGAACUGUAGUUUCAUCUUUGGAGAUCUCAUCUGGGAAGGUGACGACAGCAAUCCUGCGAGACGGCAGGCGCCUACCUGCUGACAUGGUCGUGGUCGGCAUCGGCGCGCGCGCAAACACAGCCCUGUUCCAAGGCCAGCUGGCCAUGGAGAAGGGCGGCAUCAAGGUGAACGGGCAGAUGCGGACGAGCGACGCCUCCGUGUACGCCGUCGGCGAUGUGGCCGCGUUCCCCGUCAAGCUCUUGGGCGGCGAAGUCCGCCGGCUGGAGCACGUGGACUGCGCGCGCAGGACCGCGAGGCACGCCGUCGCGGCGGCUCUGGACCCCUCGGGCGCCACCGGGGACAUCGACUACCUGCCCUUCUUCUACUCCAGGGUCUUUGCGCUGUCCUGGAAGUUCUAUGGCGACAACGCCGGGAAGGCCGUACACUUGGGGGACUUGGACUUCUCCGCUUCGUCUUCGUCCAAGCCCAAGUUCGGCGCGCUCUGGGUCAGCGCGGGCCGCAUCGCCGGCGCGUUCCUGGAAGGUGGGAGCCCUGAGGAGUACGAGGCGAUCGCGCACGCCGUGCGGCGCGGGACGGCCGUCCCGGACGUGGCCGUGCUCGCGCGGCAGGGCCUCGCGUUCAUUGUUCAGGAGGGCCGACUCACGUGA